AUGGCCGACCAUCGGAUUGCGCGUAUCGCGGAAAAUUUCGUUUGGGACGAACCGUUCGCCCAGAAUUCCGGGCAGCCGACCGGGGGCCGAAUUCAGCUAUUCGAGGAAUUGUUGGGGAAGCACGUAUCGAAUAGGGCCGAGUUCGAGACGGCCAUCUACUGGGAGGGCAACUAUUGGGACGAGAAUGUGCACGACUGCGCCGAGGCGGAAUGGAGCACGGCAGCGCUGCUUUUCCGGAAGAUUGGCAACAUGUUGAGGAGUCGAGGGAUAGGCAAGGGAGAUCGGCUGCUCGUUGCCAUGCCAAACAUGGUCCAGGGCCCGCUAAUCGUCAUGGCCGCUGCCUCGGUGGGAGCCGUCUGCACGCUUAUUAAAGGCACCGAGUCGCCACGGCAGCUCGCUAAAAUCCUAGAGGUGGUCGAGCCGAAGCUGCUCAUCUGCGUGGACGCCUUUUGGCAAGGCGAUCAGCUGUUUGAGCUGAAGUCGACGAUUGACGAGGCGCUGGGGCAGAAGAUUGUCGUUGUGCUUCGCCAUGUCGGCCCGAACCCAGGGAUGCCCCCUCCAGAGAAACACAUCCCCGCGCGGAGGCCGUAUUAUAAAAUUGAGGUGUCAAUGAAAGAGGGCCGCGACUACGAUUGGAGCGAUCAGUUUGUGAAGCAGAGCGACGACUUCAGCCCCGAGCCUUAUGCAGCUGAUCAAUUCGUUUGCGAGUUUGUCAAGUGGGCCGACUACCCAAAGCUUGUCCCGCUGACCGUCAGCCAGCUUCUACAGGACGUUUUGGAGUUGGGCAGCCAUCUAAAGUCCGCACCGGGAAUCUCCGAACUCCAGCACGCUGGCCACCUCUGCCUUGGCGAUCUGUGCUCGCACUUUGGGUUGACCGCCUUUUUCGCCAUUCUACACAGAGGCCUACCGCCUAUUAUCUUCGAGGGUACCAUCGACUACCCCGACCCCUCCAGGGUGGCCCACAUCAUCGCCAAGUACAAGGCGGUGUCCCUAUUGGCUUCCGGCGACUUCCAACUGGAUGCCCAGUACAUGGGCUUCGUUUCGAACGCCUCGCUGAAGGUGGUUAUCUCUGCGGCCAAGCAGAAGCAAAGGAAUUCCAAGAUUUUCCCCUCGGCCACCCAUCAUUUGCACGCGAUUUUGGGUGCCGAGAAGGUCUCCAAGGAGUACGAGCCGCCCGAGUGGGCCAAAGAUGAGGAUGACCCGAUCGCGGCGUCCGUAUUUUGCUGGGGAGCCGUCUUGAAGCAGGCGGGCUCCGAGCUGAUCGCCCAGGCCGAGCUCUUCUCCCUCGUCAACAUCCUCUCCGUGCCGUUAAUUGGGACCAGGCCCACCCCGCAGCGGAUGGCCCAGAUGGCGCGGAAUCAGUUGAAGGGACAGGAUGCCCGAGAUAUCGUCCAAGACAUCUACCUGGAAGUGAUGGGAGACGAGGAUGAGAAUCAGCUCACCGAUUCCGACAUAUCGGAGCGUGACCUUGAGCCGGAUGCCCCGAGAUCCCGGGCAAGCAGCCGAGGCUUCGACAUCGACUCCGACCUGGAAGAAGCCCGUCGUGCGCACAACGAGCCCACGAUCGUGAUCACCGACAUGGAUCCGGUCAGCCCGAGCACGGCCGAAACGUCCGCCGGCACACCCUCGUUCGUCAAGAAGGCCGUCAUAUCGAGGACCAUGGAUUUCUCGACGGAAGAUGAGGAUGGGGAUGGCGAGCGAUCGAGUGCCGAGAGCUCAGAUGAGGAGCUGGGGAAGAAGCCCGUUCCGAAGCACAACCCCUUUGACGAUGACUUUGUCAGUGAGCCGAAGUUGGAGCGAAAAGAGGAAACCGUUGUCACCACCACGCACUACGCAUCCAGCUCAAUGACAAAAGUGGCAGAGCCCGUAAACGACAACAACCCGUUCGACAGCGACGAGGAGGAGCUCCAAUCCCCCUUCAACCAGUCGACACUAUCCGGCCGCGACCCAUUCGAGCAUUUGAAAGGGCGAAGGACUCACAAAUUCUCGUCGGGCUCAGACGAUAUUGUACACGCCCAUCUAUCCGAUGACGACCUCGAAUCGUCGACGCGCAGCAAUCAAAAGGACUAUUUCCUCGAGAUUGAGAAAGAGAUGCGGGACAAAGAGGCCCCGUCUCUAUCUUCAAUCGCCGAGGUCCCGACUCCAAAAGCACCGCCGAGGAGCCAGAAUAAAGCGAGUUCAGCACGCGGCGGCCCGAACUCCUCGCCGGAGCCCCUGAAGAAGCCGGUGAUCAAGAAGGCCGUGCCGGAAGAGGCCCCCAAGACCCGCGGUCUUUUCACCAAGAACCCGAGGAGUCGAGGCGAGCGCCGCAACACGAACCCGUUCGACGACGAUGACGCCGAGGAGGAGGCUUCUUCCUCGGACAGUGACGUCGAUGAGCGGCCGGCGGCGAACAAUCGGCGGUCACCCUUUGGGGCGCAGCAAACCACUCCCACGCCCCCGGGCCGCAAAAACAUCCCGAAGACGCUCGAGCUGAACCCGCCGAAGGAGCUCGACCUCGAGGAGAAGCAGGAGGAACAGGAGGUUUCUGAAAAUCCAAGCCAUCCACGUGAAGCCCAGGAGUCGAUUGACGACAUCUUCAAGAAGGAGAUCCAGAAGAGGAGGGAGAGCCAUCUACCGGUCAUUGGAGUUGUGGAGGGGAGAGGCACUCCUCCUUCCGUUCGAGACUCGCCGCAUCUGUCCGGCUUCCAGCGCAAGAACAGCCUGACCCCCGGGCGAGUGUCACGAAGAAGUACGCAGCGGAGGCGGGUUGGAAAGACACGAUCCGAGCCCGAAUUUGUCGACCGGAAAAGCCAACCGGCCUUCCGCCUCAAGGCGCCCACCACCAAGAAGAAGAAAAUGGUGCUCCACCGCGUUGAGCAAACCGACGUUAUGGUCGAGCUGUUGAAUGGGCAGAAGAUUGAGGUGUCGUGCCGCUCCGACGUGCUGACGGCCGACGUCUUCAGCCUGGUCGUCGGCCACAUGAACAUCAACGAGCACGUCUUCUUCGGGCUUUCCGUGCUGAGAGAUGGCGAGCACUUUUUCCUCGACGACGAGCAGCGGCUGGAGAAGUUCGCGCCGUCUGGGUGGAAGGACCGGACGCGACGGGUCGGUUACACGCUGCACCUGCGUUUCCGCUUCUACCCCCAGAUCCUCGAGUUUAUCAAAACCGACGUAACGCUUCAUGAAUUAUACCUUCAAUUGCGCCGCGACAUCCUGGAGGACAGACUACAACCCAAAAAGGACAAGGCCUACGAACUGGCCGCCCUGGCGCUACAGGUGGAAUUCGGAGACCGGCCACCACCCGCCGUCAAGGACUACUUCGCCAUGGAGUACUAUUUGCAACGGCGCUUCUACCAAUUCGACGACGAGAAGGCGGUGCAAACAGAGAUCGGGCAGCGGCACGAAAAAUAUAGAGGACUUCGGGCAAAGGAGGCCGAGACGCGCUAUAUCCAAGUCUGCACAUGCCUACCGGAUUACGGUGCUCAUCUACACCGUGUCUUCCGGUCAAAGCCCUCAACGGCCCACGGAGCAUCACCCUUUGAUCCGGAUACCGGCGCGAAUAUGUGGAUCGCCAUCAUGCCAAAGGGGAUCAUUGUGCUAGAGGAGCAGGCGGGCGUCCGGCACAGCCUGGCCGAGCACGUGUGGCAGUGCACGCAGACGCUGCAGUUUGACAAGAAACGAUUCGUCAUCGUUGCCCAGCGGAACGGGGAGCCAUCCGAGACGGUAUUUUGGACCGACCACUACAGCAAGUCGGCCUACUUUGUCCGCUUUGCCGCCUCGCAGCACCGGUUCAUGAUGCGGAUGCGGCAGUGGAAGAACACGCUAAAAACCGAACGCUCCCUGUCAACACUUCCGGAUGUGGCUGCCGAGGGAUCACUGCCAAGGCGGAACCACCAGAGCCGAGAUAGCGCCGAAGACUUCCGCUCGCCACCCCACCAACCGACCCCCUCGUCGGAUGAAGCCGAAAAUCGGCCCCCACCCGGCGCCACCUUCACCGCCACACUCCAGAAAGACCCCUCCAGCGGUCUCGGCUUAACUCUCAUCCCCGGCGUGUACGUGAAGUCGAUGGCCCCGGGCGGUGUCGGCGAGAAGAGCGGCCUGCUCGUCGGAGAUCGUCUAUUGGCCGUCAACGGAAUUUCGCUCGUCAGCGCCGAUCGGCAUCGAGCCGUCGACUUGGUCAAGGCAUCCGGCUCAACGGUGCGUAUCGAUGUCUCACGGCUCGAAGGCGUCGCCGCGCACGCUCGCCAAUUCUCGGCCGACAGCACCGGCAGCAAACCCCAGAACAACGGCCAUCACAAUGGGCUUGGUGCGCCGAACUCCUCGGGCACGAGGGCCCAAUCCCGAACCCCGCCCGCACCCCGGAAACAACCGAAUAAACGCCAACGCGCUGUUUCUGACUUUGGCGCGUUUGGGGACCAGCUGCCGGUGUUGAACAGCGACGACAUCAUCGCCGACAAGAUGCGCGCCAUUUCCGGGCUUCACCUCGAUGAGUCGGACGAGGAGAAGGGGGAAUACCGGCUGCCCCCGCACACCAUCUACUCGUACGACAACACCGACGAGGACACCCUGGGUGGAUCGUCGAGGGGACAGCGACAGGCCCAAAUCGAGGAGUUCGCCCCGGAGAAGUACACGCCGCCAGCGAGGGAGCCGAGGAAAUAUCAGCAGCACAGAAGAUCAAACCUCGACUGGACCGAGGAGUUGGACGAGGCCGGCGAGGAUGAUGACCUGAUCCACGUGGAGCUGGUGCGGAACAGCGCGGGCAGCCUGGGCAUCCAGAUCGCCAGCCAGGCGGGCCGCGUCUGCAUCAAGCAGGUCACCGCCGAGCCGGGGCUGAGCGCCAACGUGAAGCCGAUGGACGUGCUGGUGGCGGUUGACGGCGUGUCGGCGAUAAAUCGUACGCACCAGGAGGUGGUGAACAUGCUGAGGACGGCCGGGCAGGUCGUGCAGUUGACGUUGAGAAGAGAAGAAAAACAAGGUCAAACAGACGACGACGACAGCGACGAGGACGAGAAGACGAUCCGUGUGACCCUCGAUAAGGGCGAGGGCGGCUCGCUCGGCCUAUCGCUCGCCAAGCGCACCGGCUUUGACGGCAUCUUCAUCCGGACGAUCGGCCCGGAUUCGGCGGCGGAAAAGGAGGCCACGCUCAGAGUCGGCGACCGGAUGUGGGCUAUCGACGGCGAGGAGGUCGGCACGGCCUCCCCGGCCGCGCUCGUCGAAAAGCUGAAGCAAGUCCGCGGGCCCGUCCACAUUGUCGUAAAACGCCCGAAAAACAUGGCC